ACAGGAAAGUAGAGCUCUUUCCACGAUGAUGAGAGUAAUCGCCCUCAUUGGUGGUGGUCGCAGAAAAAGCUCUUGCCUUUUCACGGAUUAUUAUCAUGAAUGGAUCGAAAGUCUCAAGAAUACCAUUCUUCCCCAGCUUCGCCGCUCCAUGUCAUCUUCUUCAGCAAGCCUCCUCUGCACCCACGUCGAUAUUCUCUACCGCCAUUUCCUAGACUAUUAUGAAGCUCUCGACCUCGCCGCCGCUGAAGAUGUCUCUCAGAUUCUCUACCCAGACUGGCGCAAUCCCAUGGAACAACCCUUUCUCUGGUUCGGCGAUUUACACCCAAAUCUCUUCACCAAUCUCCUCAGAUCUUUCCUCACAGAUGACGAUGAUGAUAUUGAUGUCCCGGAUGAUUGCAACAAUUUGGACCGGCCCUUGGCAUUUGCGAUGGCGUGGAAGAACCCAUCAGAGGAUCUCAUGGGACAAGUUGAUCAGAUUGAACGUGGCCUCAAGCUUAUGAUCCCUGCAAUUGUUACCCAUGCCAGGAACGCUCAGUCUGGAUUUAUUGAUCGAGUGGCCAUGGAUUGGGUUCGUUAUGGUGGGAGAAAGGAGGCGACGAAAGCCAUAAGAGGGGCUACAAAGGCUCAGAUGGACGAUCUCGCGAGUGUAUUUGUGGACGCCAAUAGGCUUCGUAGGAGUAUGUUAACGGAGAUCGUGAACGCCAUUAACGUUUUUCAAGCGGCUCUCUAUCUUGAAAGGCUUGCACAAUUCAUUGUUGGGUUCAGGGACUCUGAAUUGCUCUGUCACUUCAAACAGUGUAAGAUGCCUCUCUCAUCUGCUUCUUCAUCUUAAUCAGUCUCUGCUUUCUGAAUUCUUCCCU